GGGAGCAGUCAGAAACCGGGUGGUCAGCCUAAGAAAACCCGGUAUUUGCAGAGUUUGCUCCUCAAAAGUCAUUGUCACUUGCUACAGAGGGAGAUUCGAGAGACACGAGAAUCGGCGGGCAUGUCGUACUGCAAACAAGAAGGUAAAGAUCGCAUAAUAUUUGUAACCAAGGAGGACCAUGAGUUACCCAGCAAUGCUGAGCUGGUUGCAGAUGACCCCAACGAUCCCUAUGAAGAGCAAGGCCUUAUCCUGCCAAAUGGAGAUAUAAACUGGAACUGCCCAUGCCUGGGGGGCAUGGCCAGCGGACCCUGUGGCACUCAGUUCAAGGAGGCCUUCUCUUGCUUUCAUUACAGUAAGGAAGAGGUGAAGGGCUCCGAGUGCAUUGACCACUUCCGCAACAUGCAAGAGUGCAUGCAGAGAUACCCCGAGCUCUACCCCCAGGAGGAAGAUAAUGAAAACGCUCCACAGGGGGAGUCUGAAUCUACUGCUUCCUUAGCUGCCCCAACCGAGGACUCUACCUCAGCCCCCAGCAGUGACUCCACCUCUGCCCCUUCAGCAUUUGAAUCUGCCCCCUCAUUUGACAGUAAAUCGUCCACAGACGGGCAGACUGACAGCUAAGGAUAACCAACCUUUUAUCCCCCACAAUCCCAUGUUCUCCCUCUGUAUAAAUCCUUCACAACAGAAAUCACUCCUCAACAAGGAGCCAACAUUCCCUCUGGUUUCAUCACUGGUCACAAAGUAGAAGGAUUUUCAGUCCAGUCACUCAGACGGUAUUCGUGAAGGACAUUGUUGAGGGCUUCAAAGAAGUGGGACAUAGUUUCAUUGAGAAAGGCUUCGUCUGAUGUCCACUCAAAGACCACCUGAAGUUUUGAUAUUUGUUGUGUGGUAAUUAUCAGAGCAAUUCCUACGCAAUUGGAUUUAUGUUUGCUUUGUGUUGUCCAGCUUUAGUAUUGAUGAGCUGUUUCUGUGCAAUUGUGAAAUACUGCCCCACUACAACAUCCACCAAUCAAUGUAUCCACCAAUUAAUAUUAUUGAUCAGAUUGCAAGAUAAUGAUCACUGGACCUAGUCUAAUAAUAAUCCUCAACAAAUAUUUGAGAGGUAUGGACUGGAUUUUGAUUUUGAGCAAGUUAUGGUUUUGCAUAACUUCUGACUGCCAAAGUCACAGAAUCUAGACACAUUUCACUCAUUACAGUUCAAUCCUUUUCCUGUGUGAGUCAUAAAUAUAGUAAUACCCCUUAAGACAAAGGGUUUUUUCCAUGUCAUUUUUUCCAUGGUAAUAUACAUCUUAGAAAAUAAUGUCCACAUCUGUACAAGUAGAGAGAACCUUAAAUAAGGAGAUAAACUACUGAUAAGCAAAAGACAAGGUUAAAUAAGUCUCCUUCAUAGCUAAGCCACACUUUAGGUUUGAUUAGAUUUUACAAGAUAACUGACUUUAAGCUUUAAAUCAGUCUGUUGAUAUUCAAAAUGUUGGAAUAUCGAGGUGGAAUGACUGGGUGUAUUAUCUGAGGUUAUAUGAGCAAUGUUCUUUGAAAUUUACUUCAGAAGCUUUGCAUCCAACCUUGGCAAAGACAUACGUAGGUCACCAGGUUUACAUAUCAAUGGUCACGUUACAUUGUUCAAAUAUUGUUGCUCUGCAGAGUCUCUAAAGGCUCCACUUACUUUAGAGUCAAGAUGCUUUGGUCAUUAUUUGAAUUGUAAGUUAUUCCUGCCUUAAUGGACUUCACAUAUAUCCCUCCAACAUGUCAAGAUUAAAAAACAUCUCCCGUUCCCUCUUUCUCGUCACACUGUAUGUCAGAUUUACUAAUUCAAGUGACCGUGAAUCAUGAGAUGCAGGGCUUGGAUUUGACUUGAUAGGAAAAGGAUGCAGACUGUACUCUUACAUUAAUGGACAUAUCAACAUGCUGUAUACAGACGUGCUCAAAUUUGUUGGUACCCCUCCACCAAAAAUAAAGAAUGCACAGUUGUUUUUUCUGAAAUUACUUGAAACUGACAAAAUAAUUUGCAUCCACCAUUUUUUAUUCCAUAUUUCAUAGAAAUCUGACUUUGCUUUUGAUUUUUAUUAAACAUAAUAUUGUAAAUAAUAAAACAAAUAAAAAUGGCAUGGAAAAAAAUUAUGGGACCCUUAACCUAAUAUUUUGUUGCACAACCUUUAGGGGCAAUCACUGCAAUUAAAUGUUUUC